UCCAUCUUCACACUUCACUUUUUUACUAGCUUAAUCUGAGUUGUGGGGUUGAAUAAUGAGGGGUUUGGGGAUCCAUUUCCUUUUUGUAACUAUUUUUCUUGUUGCAACCACAAAUAUGUGUUUGGGUGCUCGAAAUAUCACGUUGACUUGCUUUGAGCAAGAGCGACUAGCUCUUUUGAAGUUCAAACAUAGUGUUAGAGGUGGGUAUGAUAUGUUCUCAUCAUGGGUUGGCCAUGAUUGUUGCAGCUGGGAAAGAGUCUCGUGUGAUGGUGUAACUAGAAAUGUUAUAAGUCUUCAUCUCGAAGGUGCGGGUGGUUUAAAACACUAUUUUCCUUAUCAUUUCAACCGUCGUCUUUCUGAUUCGGAUGAAUAUCUAGUUAGUAAUGAGUUGAGCACCUCUUUAGGAGAGUUGAGUCAUCUAAGAUACUUGGACUUGAGUGGGAAUGAUUUUCUAGGAAGCCGGAUCCCCGAAUUCAUUGGGUCCUUGAAACAACUGACUUAUCUCAAUCUCUCUUUCGCAAAUUUAUCUGGUAUCAUUUCUCAUCAUAUUGGAAAUCUUUCUAAUUUAAAGAACCUUGACCUUUCUUUUAAUCACUUAACAGGUUCAAUUCCAGAAUCUUUCGAAAGCUUAGGAGGACUAGAAAUAUUAGAUAUAUCUAGUAACGACUUAACGGGUCCAAUUCCGACAUUCUCCGAGAAACUUAUUGAACUUGACCUGUCUUCUAAUUACUUGAACGGUUCUAUUCCAAAAUCUCUUAGAAAAUUAAUAGCAUUAGAAGUAUUACAUCUAGAUAAUAAUGAGUUAACAGGUCCCAUUCCGACAUUCCCAGGGAAAGUUACCAAACUUUACCUUUCUGCUAAUUACUUGAGCGGUUCAAUUCCAGAAUCCAUUGGAAAAUUAGCAGAUUUAACAGAUUUGUAUCUAAGCAACAAUCUGUUAAGUGGGACUAUUCCGGUCUCAACUGGGCAACUCUCGAAACUCCGUUCUCUUGAUGUCUCUGGUAAUUUAUUGGAGGGAGUAGUUUUUGAAUCUCAUUUUGCUAACCUUUCAAUGAUGGACAACUUGAAUGCAGCUUUUAAUAGUAAGUUGAUGUUCAGUGUUUCACGUAAAUGGCUGCCUCCGUUCCAAUUAAUAAGGAUUGAUCUCAGUUCUUGCAAGAUUACAAACGGAUUUCCAAAUUGGCUUAGAAAUCAAAAGAAACUUAUUAGUUUGGCGUUUUCUAAUGCUACCAUUUCAAGGCCUCUGCCCACAUGGUUGCGAAGUAUGCCCAUCAUUCCUUCCAUAGAUCUGUCUCACAACAACCUCAGCGGGCCUUUGACCAACCUUCCUAAUGGAGGAACUUAUCAUGGCAAUCUAUAUCCGGAAUUAUUUCUACAAAAUAACCUUUUCAAUGAGUCAAUUCCAAGGUCAUUGUGCAAGAGAACAGAUUUAUAUUAUCUCGAUCUUUCGAGAAAUAAGUUAACUGGGAAACUUCCCAACUGUCUUAAGAAUCUGCUAAAGUUGUGUAUCUUGAGUUUAAGCUCAAAUGGGCUGAGUGGUGCCGUUCCAAGUUUUAUAGGGCACAUGUCAUCAUUGAUGUUCUUAAAACUAAAUAACAAUAGCUUUAGUGAUGAGCUCCCUCAAAAAUUUUGGAAUUUGAGUAGUUUAAUAAUCUUAGAUUUGGGUGAUAAUGCAAUUUGCGGAAAACUACCUGAAUGGAUUGGGGAAAAAGUUAAAAGUUUGCGGACUUUUAGGUUACACAAAAAUAACUUCACAGGAGAAAUUCCGCGAUCUCUGUGCUUAAAUACAGAUCUUAGAAUUUUGGAUAUUGCACACAACAAAAUAACAGGAACAAUCCCUCACUGUCUAGGAGAAUUGCAAGGUAUGGUUAACAAUCGUAUGUAUAUUUCGUUUGGUGAUGACACCGAGGGGGUGAUUCAGGUAAUGAAAGGAACUGCUAUGGAAUAUACUAAAACAAUGCAAUAUGUCUUUAACAUGGACCUUUCAAGCAAUAAACUUGUUGGAGACAUACCGGUAGAGUUAACUGCACUUUAUGCGUUGGUGGGUCUUAAUUUGUCCAAUAAUCAUCUUAGUGGACGAAUCCCAGACAACAUCGGAAACAUGAAAGCAUUAUUUUCUCUCGAUUUAUCAGGAAACAAGUUGAGCGGGCUGAUCCCGCCAAGCAUUGCAGCUUUGCAUUUUUUGAGCCAUUUGAAUUUGUCUAACAACAACUUGUCAGGACAAAUUCCAACUGGAGAUCAAUUGCAAACCCUUAUAGAUCCAUCAAUAUAUGCAGGGAACAAACAUCUAUGUGGAGCUCCAUUGCCAGAGAAUUGCUCCAAUCAUGAAGACCGAACUGCAACACCCAAGAACAAAUAUAAAGCAGCUAAUAAGCUCAAUAAGGUAUUGUUUGGUCUGGACUUAGCAUGUGGUUUUGCAACUGGGUUUUGGGGUUUUAUUGUGGUUUUGGUGUUGAAGAAGCGGUGGAGACAUAAGCUUUUCAUGUUUUCCGAGGAGACCGUGGACAAGAUACAUGUUGCAGUCAUGGUAAGAGUCACCGGGAUGAUGAGAGGAAAUAAAUAGUCAUAUAUAUCCAGCUGAAUGCAAGUAAUUCACAAUAUCAUAUUCAAAUGGGCCUGUACAAGAGUUACAUAAAAAGAAUCACAAACGUCAUGCGUGACUUUCAGACUAUCAGCCAUUAUGUUAUAAAAAAUGCAACUUCUACGUUUGUGAUAGUGAAUUACUGUUUCUAGUUUUUACUUGCUUGUAAGAUCAUAU